UGGUUUAAGAGCUUCCUGAUUCCGUCUCAUCCUUAGCUGCCUACUUUCGCAGUAGAUCGAAAUCCUCUCCAAAGCAAAUCCAAAGCAAUUUGUAUUUUUUAUAUGAUUACAUUUAAUGUUACCUAACAUUAUAGAGAAGAUAACUUUCGUUUCUAAGGGAAUCAAUCAAUCCGCUUUCUCGCGACAUAGCCAGCUGUCACUAUUGUUGACAGUGUGGAUUAUUUUGCUCGACGAGAACUGCAGCCAUGAUGGCGUCUAACUACAACGCUAAGGAAGAGGACGGGCAGCAGCCUGCUGCUAUUGCCCAUGGAGGAGCAGGAACUGUGAAAAAUAAAAAGCCGGACAACACUGCAUUCAAACAACAAAGACUGCCCGCUUGGCAACCUAUUUUGACAGCGGGCACUGUUCUUCCUGCUUUUUUUGUCAUUGGUCUCAUCUUUAUCCCAAUCGGCAUUGGCCUAUUCGUGACAUCAAACAACAUCAAAGAGUUAGAGAUCGAUUACACUGGUGUUGACAUGUCAAGUCCGUGCUAUAACUGCUCUCAAAGCUACAGCUGGAACAGCACAAAGCCAUGUACCUGCUCUGUCCCCUUCUCUCUGGAUCAACCAUUUGAGAGCAACGUGUUCAUGUACUAUGGAUUGUCAAACUUCUAUCAGAAUCACAGACGCUAUGUGAAGUCCAGAGAUGACAGCCAGUUGAACGGAGACAAAGCUUCUCUGAAGAGCCCCAGCAAGGAAUGUGAGCCGUACCGCACCAGUGACGAAAAGCCUAUCGCUCCAUGCGGUGCAAUCGCCAACAGCCUCUUCAAUGACACUCUGGAGCUGUAUUACAUUGACCCCAAUGGCUCCAGAACUGCGAUUCCUCUGGUGAAGAAGGGUAUUGCAUGGUGGACAGACAAGCAUGUGAAGUUUAGGAACCCUGGUGGAAAUGACAACCUCACUGUAGUUUUCCAAGGCACUAGCAAACCUGUCAACUGGAGGAAGUCUGUCUAUGAGCUGGACCCUUCAGACCCUGACAACAAUGGCUUCAUCAAUGAGGAUUUCAUUGUGUGGAUGAGGACAGCUGCUCUGCCCACCUUCCGCAAGCUGUACCGCAUCAUCCAUAAGAAGCCCAACAUGACCCCGACUCUGCCCCUAGGACAGUACAUCCUAGAGGUCACCUACAGUAUCCUUUUGAGAAAGAUCGCAGUAAAUCACAACAUGGAGGUUCAUGGCAGGCAUAUAGAUGUCUUUUCCUUUAACCAUAUGAACUCAGAUUAUCCCGUGCGGAGCUUCGAGGGCAGAAAGCGUAUGAUCCUGAGUACCAUCUCCUGGAUGGGCGGCAAGAACCCCUUCCUGGGCAUCGCUUACAUCACCGUGGGCUCAGUCUGCUUCUUCCUGGGCAUCGUCCUCCUCAUCAUCCACCACAAAUAUGGCAACCGUAACCACAGUGCAGACAUUCCCAGCUAAAGGUCUUCCUAGUAUGGAGACCGUACCUCCUCCUCCCUCUGCAUGCCUGGGUCUAGCCACCACUGGUCUGGCCCUGCUCUGCUCUGGACUGCUUGCUGAUUUAGCCUGGAUGCACUGGUCUUUGUUUGUUUUAAAUGUUUGUGUUUUGUGUUGUAAUGUUAGCUCACUCCUCCCCACCUCCAGGGGAAGGCUGCAGUCUGGUGUUUGUUCAGAAGGUUGAUACAUUAGCACAUUCUAGAUAGAUAUAUUUUGUGUAGAACUGACACAAUUGCUGAUUCUGAGACAAAAGAGUCUGUUCUACAAAAUAUAUUUCUAACAUUGUGCCCUCCCAAAUAGGCCCACGGUGUGUGUUGUAGAGUGAGUGACACCCUGUAAACUAAUGGGAUGAGACACAAGAAGGCUCUGGGAGCUUAGGAUACUGUGUCUUUGUAUGACAUGACUGCUGAAAUUGUUGUCUGUGUACCUUAAGUACAUUGUGUAUUUCUAUUUAUCCAUAUGUUGUCUCAAAGGAGAACAUGUAUAUUAUUUGAGCAAUGCUUGUCAUAAAUUUCUUGAUACUGAAGGAUGUUUAUGUUUUUAACUAAGUUCCACACUCAUAUUAUGUAAAAUGUCCUGCUGGUGAACGUACUAAUGUAUUUAAUUUACAUACCUCUGAGGCUUAAAUGUGGAAUGGGGAACAAAAGCUCAUAGCCAUGUUGCUCUGCUUUGUUUGUAAUGAGGGCCAGUAUUUUAAGGGAUAAAGGCAGUCAUAGAUUUUACCAAAUGUUCACAUACAGAUUGUAUUGACUCUCACCAAUUUGUUUGUCAAAGUCUAAUAGUUCAAUGUAUAAUCAAAAACAUUUUUAUUUGAAGGUUUUAUGUACCAAUGCUACUGACCUUGUCUCUAGGAUGAAAAUCUAUUUCAAAACAAAUAUAGAAUUUCAAUGUUGACCAAAUGCUAUGCAUUUUACAAGUGUCACAUUUGUUAUGCAGUUCUUACUUUUUUCAUUUGGUUGUUAUCUUUCUUUCAAAGCUAAUUCUGCCUUUUUAUUCUUUAUGGUGUUGGAUAAUUUACUGAUAUUUCAGAAGUUAAUAAAAUAAAUGGUAUUUGUAAGUUA